AUACACGAGUACUCAGGUGUUACGAUCCAGAUGAGACGCUCACUCACUAUUCUCCAUAUAACGUUGAUUUAGUAUAACUUCACAAACCACACAUCUUACCAAUCUAAACUACACCCGUGCUCUCACUCUCCUCCUAACAUCCAACAUUAUCAUUACUUUGAUAUUGAAGCUUUUACAGAAAUACUAACCACAGUUUACAGUAUCAAUUUUGAAGUCAGCGCUUCCCAAUGCCGUCAAACCCAGACCCCGGGCCAUCACCUUCACCGAGAUCCUCGUCACCCAUCGUGAAUCCUCGUGCCGACACCAACACGAUAGCUUCGCCAGCAACAAGUAGUGCUUCUAUAGCCUCCUAUCAAAAAUAUGACGAUAUCGCAGAUGAAGACCAUCGUCUAGGCAAAUACUACAUAAGCAGAGACCGGCUGCAAAACAUCAAGGCCAGCGAAGUCAAAAUCUUGAGCACGCCAUACGACAAUGACAACUCUGCCGUGUGUAUCGUGGAGAUCCGCGGCAUAACAUGCGCUAUGAAAGUUCAUCACGGCCAACGGCCAGGAGACGCAGAACUCAAGGACUACUUCCUGGACGAGCUGACCGCCUACCGACGCCUCAAGAACAGGGGCUUCUGCGAAAGAGGCACAAUUCCUGAUAUUUACGGCGUUGUCCUAAAUAUGAAGCCGCAGGACUGGCCGGAGUGUGAGAUCUACUAUAGACCGGGCACCUAUAUGAUGCCAGUAAACGCCAUCCUGCUGGAGAACGUUGAGAAAAUGCAGUCCUUGACUAUGGAGAAUUACACACCGGCUCGCAUGGAGAAGUGGCGAGAUCUAAUCAAGGAGUUUCAUGCUGUUGACGUUACCCACGGUGACAUCUAUCCGCGCAACAUGAUGUUUGUUCCAGCAGAGGAUGGUAAACCGGAGAGAGUGUUGUGGCUCGACUUUGAAAGCGGCUACUAUGGUGAGAUAGGUUCCGAGGACUUUUGGGACGAUUUGCAUAGGCGGGGGAGAGAGGAUGAGGCAGUCAGGAUGGAUGAUUUUGUUAGACUCAUAGCUAUUAAUACCACAGAACACAACAGGCAGCCUGUGAGGACAAAGUACAGGUGGCUGUAUUAAUCAGACCGGGG